GUCACAAAGGUACAGGCAUCAUUUGACUUUGAGCCUCAGGAAUCCGGAGAGCUGCGAUUACGCAAAGGAGACAUCGUCACAGUGCUGGACAAGAGCGAUCAGAACUGGUGGAAGGGGUCGUGUAAUGGCCAAGAAGGAAUGUUUCCUGUACCCUACGUAAAGGAGAUGAAGUAG